CGGAUUCUGCAACCGUGACCGAUGACCGGUCGCUUGCUUAUCCGCCAGGCAAACACCCAAUUUAUUUCGUCAACCAUCCCCAAUUCCCACCCAAGCUCUUGCUUCUUCUCCUCCCACGCGUGCGAUUUCCCCAAAUCCCAGCCCCUCCCCUCAAAUCCCACCCUCAAUCUCCAAAUUCCCCGCCACACCCACCUCCAGAUCCUCCCCGCAAGCUCAAUUAGCUCCGAUCUCCACCACCACCACCACCACCACCACCACCAGCAGCUCCGCCAUGGAGUGCGAGCCGGAGGAGCUGCAGUUCCUGGGCCCGCUGGGCAUCUACCGGGAGUCGGUGGCCAUCCUGCGCGCUUACCGCCCGCUCUACGCCCGCAUCGCCGCCGCCUUCGUGCUCCCGCUCUCGGCCCUCUUCCUCGCGCACAUCGCCAUCUCCCACGCCCUCUUCCGCACCAUCGACUCCGACGACACCGCCCUCGAGUCCUCCGCCCCGGGCACGGCCUCGCAGCAGCGGAUCCUGCAGCGGCUGGGCGCCGACUGGGCGGCGCUCGUCCUCUUCAAGGCCGCAUACCUCCUCGCCCUGCUCCUCCUCUCCCUCCUCUCCACCGCCGCCGCCGUCUUCUCCGUCGCCUCCGUCUACUCCGCCAAGCGCGACGCGCUCACCUUCCCGCGCGUGCUCUCCGUGGUGCCGCGCGUCUGGCGCCGCCUCGCCGCCACCUUCGUCGCCGCCUUCGGCCUGCUCUUCGCCUACCACCUCGUCUUCGUCGCCGUCUUCGUCGCCCUCCUCGUCGCCACCGACAACGGGUCCGGCCUCGCGGGCCUCCUCGCCGUCCUCGUCGCCGUCGCCUACCUCGCGGGCCUCGUCUACCUCAGCGUCGUCUGGCACCUCGCCAGCGUCGUCUCCGUGCUCGAGGACCUCAAGGGCUUCCAGGCCAUGCGCAAGAGCAAGGCGCUCAUCCAGGGCAACCUGCGCACCGCCUCAGCCAUCUUCGCCACGCUCAACCUCGUCUUCGUCGUCGUCGAGCUGCUCUUCCGCUCCUGGGUCGUGCAGGGCGGCCGACACGGCCUCGGCGCCGGGGCCAGGCUCCUGCUCGGCCUCGCCAUGCUCGCCGCGCUCUGCGCCGUCGUCAUGGUCGCGCUCGUCGUGCAGACCAUGGUCUACCUCGUAUGCAAGAGCUACCACCACGAGAGCAUCGACAAGAGCAACAUCUCUGACCACCUCGAGGUGUACCUCGGCGACUACGUGCCGCUCAAGGCCAGCGACGUGCAGAUGGAGCACUUCGAGGUCUGACCACACUCGCUCCCUUCCUUCCUUCCUUGGAUAUCUAUCAUCUUUGUAAUACUCUACUACCACGCUACACGCUAGUCUAGUCCCACAGAAUUUGCAAUUCCCUUGCUUGAUGGAAACAUUGGAAUGAAACUAGGGAGAGGUGGGAUCAUUUUAUCACCUGUUUCUCGGUGAUCAUUUUAUCUGCCUGCUGUAACACGAGGAUCAACUGGAUGUUUUGCAUUUGUGUAGUACCAAUCUGUAAUGAGGGGAUGGGAAUGAUACAACACUAGAUACUACGACCAGCUUGAUUGCUUCUUCUACGUUA